CGCGGCUUCUCUCGGCCGGGGAGGCAUGGCGGCUCUCGGCGGCCUGGGCUCCGGCCUCCUGCUCUUGCUCGCUCUCCCGCGCCUGGGCGGCGCCGACAGCGACUGGGACCCUGCCGGAUACCUGCUCUAUUGCCCCUGCAUGGGGAGAUUUGGGAAUCAAGCAGACCAUUUCCUGGGCACUUUGGCGUUUGCUAAGACGAUGAAUCGGACUUUAGCUGUGCCUCCGUGGAUUGAGUACCGGCAUCACAGGCCUCCCUACACGAAUCUGCAUGUUCCAUACCAAGAAUACUUCAAGCUGGCGCCUCUCCUAGAAUACCACCGAGUCAUUAGCUUGGAGAAAUUUAUGGAAAAGCUGGCACCCACCCACUGGCCUCCUGGCAAGAGAGUGGCAUAUUGCUUUGAAGUUGCAGCUCAGAGAAGUGCUGACAAAAAGACCUGUCCUAUGAAGGAUGGAAACCCUUUUGGGCCUUUCUGGGAUCAGUUUGCUGUGGAGUUUGAUAGGUCGGAGCUGUUCAGACGCCUGUCCUUCACUGCCUUUUAUAAGGACGACUGGAACCAAAGGUUUCCACCCUCUGAACAUCCUGUUCUUGCCCUUCCGGGUGCACCGGCCCAGUUUCCUGUUCUGGAAGAGUACCGGCCCCUGCACCGCUAUGUGGUGUGGUCUGACGAGAUGGUGGACAAAGGAGAGUCCUAUAUUAAUUCACUCCUAAUCAGACCCUACGUGGGAAUCCACUUGCGUGUGGGUUCGGACUGGAAAAAUGCAUGCAAUAUGCUGAAGGAGGGCACCGCUGGGUCCCACUUAAUGGCGUCGCCGCAGUGUGUGGGCUAUGAUCGCAACGCUGCUGCGCCCCUGACCAUGGAUAUGUGUUUGCCAGACCUGAAGGAGAUCGAGCGAGCCCUCAGACUCUGGGUGGGGAAGACAGAUGCAAGAGCCGUGUAUGUGGCCACUGACUCAGAGCCCUACACCAAAGAAAUACAGCAGUUUUUCAAACAAAAGAUAAAAGUGGUACAUUUGCAACCUGAAGUGGCCCAGAUAGAUCUGUACAUUCUUGGCCAGUCCGAUCAUUUUAUUGGCAACUGCGUCUCCUCUUUUACUGCCUUCGUGAAACGGGAGCGGGAUGUGCACAGGAGGCCGUCCUCCUUUUUUGGCAUGGACUACCCACCAAAGCUGCGAGAUGAAUUGUGACCCACAGAGGACAGUAGGCUUUGGGUUUUGUGAUACACAACUCAGCUUAACACAAAACCCUGUUGGAGGGAAGCAUGCAUCUGGUAAAUCCUGCAGAUUCAUCCUGGUGCCGUUCUUCUCAGAAAAUCCCGUUCUCUCCCUGCUAUGGCUGAAUCACGGAAUCCUCUGAAUAUGCGGCUUGAACUUCCUCCUUCCUGGCCUCCUUACCCCAGUCAGAAUUAACGUCUCAACUGGUGCUUGCUUAGUGCACAGUAUAUUACAAUGGCAUGGACAGUAAGUCACAAAAAGUGUUCUGGAGUUCAGCACUGACAAACAGAGGAUGGUUUAAUUGCCCGUUUAACUGAUUAAUAUUUGUCUGGCAUGUUUUAGCUUACCUCUUUCCAGAAUGGAUUUAAUCUCCAUUUCCUCUGCUUGGACCAGGGAGACUAAAUCUGAAUCUGCUGGGAUCUGUAACGUGAUUUGGUAUCUUCAGAACCAAGGCCUAAUUAGCACUGAAGCCUCCAGUAACUGGAGGAGUGUGCUGCAACUACAUACAUUUUUUAAAAAAAUUUCAGAAUACAAGAGAUAUUUUUAAAUGGUUUUGUAUUUUACAGAAAUAACAGUCUAAAUGCUGAAAAAUAAUCUCCAAGGAAUCAUCUCUUUUUUAAAACACAAAAACUUUCUCAUUCCUUACUUUUACUGGAUACAUCAACCAUUUUUUAGAGAAUUCUGAGUAACUUGUUGGAGAAGAGACCUGACGCUACCGAGUUCUCUGGCG